AUGAAAGCGAAAUGCACGUGCUCGAGCUGCUCUCGUUAUUACUGCGUGGAGAUCGAGGCAAUUAAUACCAGCAGCAUUUCUCAAACUUUGAGUCUAUUUAUAAGAAUAUUUGUUUUAUUGGGUCAAAUGCCUUGUAGACCAUGUGGUGUUCUCCUUCCGUUAUGGUACCAGUGUAUUUAGAGCCAAGCGCGCGCAGGGUAAUGUGGCCCGUUAUACCGUUUGAGCAGCACGUUUGGUUUGCUACUAACGACACGGUCGAGUAUCAGGAGCAUUGCCUGUCUGUUGACAACGGAAGGAAAUUUUUGUUGUGCAAGUCUGUGUAUGAUCUUGUGAAAAUCAGCCACUUCAUGGAGUUGAAUGAUCCAAAGUUGCUUGGCUGGUAUUUCUCUUUACCUGCAGAAGACAGGAAACUAAUGCAAGAAGAAGGAGGGCUCCAUCAAUUUUUGAAACAACAUCCUGCUCUUGAAGUACAUGGACAUAUUGUUCAUUUAAAACAGCUUGGCGUAGGAAAUUGCCAAACCUUUCAAGCACCUGAAAUUUCCAUGAAUCUUGAUGGAUCACGACGGGUUACAUUUUAUGGCAUGUUGCAGUGUGCAAAUUGUGGCACAAGUUGUCCAUCUGGUGCUAAAAAGUGCAGAUGCUGUAACACUCUGUUGCUAAACCCAGAAGAAAACGUUUGCAUAUCUGAGGAUGAAAAGACACUUCAGCUGCUACCAAGCAGUGUACGAGAGGAGCUAAAUCUCAUAAAAGCCAAAGGACAUGUCAGUAAAAAUGAUUCACUGAGUUCUCAUCAGUUGAACUGCAUUCAGAGGACCUCCAAUAAUUUGUCUGCCACCCAAAGCAAUCUUUUAAACAGAUUCCAGCAAACCGAGCAUCCAAGGAUGAACAACAGUGAUGGCAAGCAUUUUUGUCAAAUGUGGGAGGAACAAGUGUCGUGUAAAGUGCAGGAUAUCGGAUUGUUUAAAGAUUCUUCAGCACAAGCAAGCAUUUCACUUGACAGGGAGCUUGAGAUGCAAGACCAAAAUCCAAGUAGUGAUUAUGACCAGGUAUCCCUGUUACCAGACACCAAUUCAGGUAUUCCCAAUUUAGAAAAGGAGACUCUGCCUGAAUUUUACAGUUUCAAUAGCACCACAAUAGAGCACACAUCUGCACAGUUGUGUGACGUCACGGACACCUCUAUGAUGGCUACUGAAAGCCGCAUUGAGGCAUUUAUCGGUGAUGAGCCUGCAGACUGUGGCGCAGACAAAAUUACGUUCCAUGAUUCAGUAUCAACCCUCAGCAACUCCUCAGAGUGGACUGAUCUCACAGAAGAUUGCCAUAGUCUCAGUAAUGAGGAUGAACCAGAAUGUGAGGCAGAGAAGUUUCAUAGUGUGAUUGUCGAAGAAGCCUCAAAUUCAACUGACUGUAUUCCAUGCAUUAAUCCCAGCUGUUCAGCAUCUGGCCAGUGUACUCAAGAGGUUGUGAUUACACAUGAGAGCUACAUUUCUUCUGCCAGCCCGAAUGACCUAAAUGUUAAAACCACAACACCGUGUGAGGUCUCUCCUUUUCCCCCCAAUGUGAGCCAAGCUGUGGAUGUCAGCACUGAGUUUAGAGCUUGUUUUACAGCCACCCGGGCAACAGAAAUCACUGAGGACUUCUUUGUGAAGCAUUGCCAAGAUGAUUCCACUGACGGUGACUCGUGUCCUGUUAACCGGGCGACAAUUCAUACACUCACUUCAGACAAAAACACUGUUACUGAUGUCUAUAUGUCUGACUUGGAUGCUAUUUGUGAGGAAUUUGGGAAAUUCCAAAUGAUUGAAGAAGAGCUAAUUCAUUUAAAAGAAGAAAUGGCAAGAUCUGGUCCUGACAAUGUAGGAGGGCCCAGGAGUGAACAACAGAACGGUAUUUGUGGAUGUGGUGCCAUUUCACGUGCUAAACGGGCCGAGUUGCGUCUACUGGCUCUGCAGUUUGCCAUGUGCCAGCAACAUUGCUGGAGGCGCUUCCACACAUCACCACAGGGUGAAACUUCACUUCAGAGAAUCGAAGCACUGCCUGAUUCAAUGUCGCAGACCCUGAUUAUCUUGGAGGACAAUUACCUCAAGAUGAAGAGGAAGAUACUGGAAGGUGUUCCUUUGGAUAAUCUCAAGCCUCUUACUGUGGACACUAAGAGAUUAAAAACUGUAACAUGCUACAGACCAUCUUUGAUUCAUGAGACUUUGAUAGGUGACAGUCUGCCUGAGCUUUCUUUCAAAAGGCCCAGUGUUCUUCAAGAUGAAGGUCAGACUAACCAAGCUGAUGUGUUGAAAAUUAACAUCACAGGUGGAGGACACCUCAGCAAGAAUUUAACAACUUCUCAGGGACAGACAUUGUGUGAUUCUGCCACAUUGUCUAAAACUGCCAGCAGUGAAAGAAGUAGAGAUGUGCCUGCCUCCAGCCAACAAUCAGCAGACUCGAUUGAUACCAAGCUUUGUACUACUAAAGACAUCAACAGCAGUGAUGCCUGGUUUGAUGCAAAGGAAGAAAUUCUAUGUGACAGUCAGAUUUGUGAAGACAAUCAAUCAGGGCACAUAGAGCGAAGAGACUCGAAUCAGCAACAAAAAGUGGAUGCCAGUGGAAUGAAAGAUCGGUGUUUCUUGCUUUGUGUCUCAAACUUGCCAAACGGUGUUACUGAGCGUGAUCUGCUGCUUUGGUUUGCGAAGUACCAUGCCAGUCAAGUGUCCCUUUCCAAUUUUAGUAACACUGGGGUUGCAAUAGUUAGCGUGAGAGAUGCCAAGGAUCUAGAGGCUGCAGUAAGAGAGAUGAAUGGCCGAUCUAUUCAAGGCCACACUCUCCAUGUGGAACACAUCUACACGUCGCCUGCAGAUCGUCAAGCCACCUGCAAAGAGUCCCACAUUCAACUUUCACCAGCUGCCCAUAAACCAGGGUUUGCAGGAAAAGGGAAUAAUAAUGUUUCCAGACCACUCUGCUGCAGUCUGGAUAAGCUUACCAAUAUAUGCAGUACACCCACUGCAUCUGGUACAUGUGUGCCACAGCACUAUGGCACCAUGGGCAGUUUUGAUACAAUCAUGGCCCAGUUAUCAGUGAGUCACCCACAAAUGGGAAGACAGCGGAUCGUCAACGCUUUGCUACAGUUGCAGGCAAAGCAUCAUGGUGUCCUCAGUGGUCUGCCUCUCAAAGAUAUAGUGGAAAUGACCUCUGAACUUCUCACUCGCUCAACCACAAACUGAGCCAGACAAAGGCCACAUUCUUCGAGUGUAUAUUUGAGUCUUUUAUUUGUUUCUUUGGUUCUAUUAGGCAUUUAAUUAGUUCAGAAGUAAGUUUGGUUCUUUUGGUGAUCUUAUGAUUGUGAUCGUUGUUUAUAUGGGUAUUUUCAAUAGGUGUUUUGUUGUAAAAUGUUUAUAUUAAGGAAAAUGUUAUUCCUUUUAAAAUAGGUUUACCUAGUUGCAAGUCACAGGUAAAAAAUGGUCUGUUUAACAUUUUGUAUUAAUUGGCCACUUUAUGCACUCAUGCAAGUGCUUUUGACAAAUUAGAUUAACAGAAGUCUGAACAAUGUAAAAAAAAAAAAACACCUUUUUUUUUGAUUGGAUAUACUUAGUUAUUCAAGAUGUUUCUUUUUUUUGUGUGUACUUUGAGUAUGCAUGAGGUAUGUUUCCUAAUUUACACCAAACUGUGUUCAGUGUUUAGCUGGGUUUCAGUAUUGUGUGUGUAUAGUUGUUCAGAAAAGUUAAUCAUUAGACAGUUAAGGCUUUUGAAAAGCAAAACCAAUUUUCUAAUGUUCUGUUCAAUUAUUAAUAAAAACAUUUUGUGCCGUCUU